CGGACGUAAUGACUUUUCUUUUCAUUGCAAUGAUUGCCACAGUUUGAGCUGCAGCCAGUGAAUUUGAAUGCAAAUUUUUCCAAUUUAGUUCGAUAAUCAGUGCAAUUGAGUGCAAUCCUGUGGUGCAGUGAAUGCUCGAGAAGCAAACGCCGUAGAAGGUUGGGAUCGUAGUGGCCGUCCGGACGGGGAAAUUGGCCUGUGAAAAGGUGGACUCAGAUCGACCCAGACGGAAGAGAAGAAAGUGCAAAUUCCAUUGUGUUUUGGUGCUCCACAUCGGGGCUGCGUAGUGUUUAGAAAAACGAUUCAAUAGAAGGAGGAAUAGGGUUAAGAAAUUGAACAGAUCUCGUGAGACAUUUUGCCUCCCGGAGAGUGACUUGGCGCUUGUGGAUUGACUAUUGGAAGUGCUAGAAAAUUGUUUUCGGAGGAACAUAAAGCGUGGAAAGGUUAGCUUGAAGGAGGAAGAGCGCCAAGAGCCUGAGAGCCAUGGACGAUGAAAGUAGUGACAGCUUGGAGUUGAGCCGGAGCAAGCGGAAUGAACGAAUCGAAAAGCUGGGAUUCCGUCCGCAGAAGGAACUGUUUUGUAACAAGUUCCUUCCGUAUGCCGACAGGCUGGACGAUGAGUCGCAGGCCAUGCUGGAGAACAUCAAGAACAAUCUCGGCAAGGCGGCCGCGAUGCGGGAAAUCACGCCAGGCGUUUCGAUCUACGUUUCGCGACUGAUGAAGUACAUCAAGUUGUAUGGGAUGAAAUUUUCCAAGGAGGAUCACAUCAAAUUCGUGAAGUUGCUUCUAGAGCUGAUUAACAUUCCGAAUCUGGAGCCGGAUAAGGUGAACAAGUUUUGUUACGCGAUUACCAGUCUAUUGAGGAAACCGGAAUGGCUCAGCCCGGAUGACAUCCAGAUUGAUUGGCGACCGCUCUACAGACUUUGCAAUUUGAUCUUGAACAAGAACAGCAGCAAGGGUGACCUGUAUCGUUAUUUUGCAUGGGAUACGAAUAGGAGCAAGUCUGUGAACACGUCUCCACUGGCCAUGUUACUUAAAGCUGCCAGCGAAAUGGGUUACGAUGUUUCUUCCUUCCUCGCGAACCAUAAUGUCGGUGAUGAUGAUGAUUUACCAUCCUUGGAGACCAACUUGCAGUUUGUUAUCCAGUACUGCGCUCCCUACUUUCCCCGGUCUGCUACGCAAGAAAUCCUCGAUGAGUUGCUACCCAAGCUACAGCCACUGGACACGGGCAAAAGUUUCGACACGUUUGGACUGCUGCACACCUUCUUGAGCUGUGAACACGAUUACGAUCUGUGGUUCGACAAGUUCAUGACCAUUUGGGAUGCGUAUCACAAUCCACCGUGGAGUAUCGACAUGAUGAUCAUUUUCGCGACGGUCGGAUUCAAAAACAUUGGCUACAUUGACUGGGAACCUUAUAUUCCGACUAUGUUCGCCAGAAUUAUACGGUCAAUCGAUUUCCCAGUCAGCUACAAGAGCACGAAGAGCUCUAAACUUCAAGGUUUGACGCCGCAGUCUAUCGCCAUUUGGAUUGUGGCGGUACUGGGCCCGAAGAGCUCCGCUCAGCAGUAUCUGAACAAGUUUAUGGCUACUAUUGAGUCAUACUUGCAUCCGGCUAAUAUGGGGAAGUGGGUUUCUAUGCUGGGUGAGAUUCUGAUUCAGCUGCCUAAAUAUUUCUUCGAUCGUUUGAUUCUGGAGAGAUAUCGAAAGCAUCCCUACAGGAGACCUAUUCCGGAGAGUCACAAACUAACAGAGGAAUGCAUAACCGCUUUUGUAGAGUGCAUGAAACCAGUGGCGUUCCAGGCGAUGUAUUCCCGAAUAAACCCUCAGGAAGUGGGCAAAAUCUUCCAACACUUGGCUGAUUUGCGACCGGAGUUGAUCAUUCCUUCGAUCAUCGAUCGUGUUUACACUAGUUUAGAUUCGCUGACGGAGCCACACAAAAUGACUGCCGCACUGCAAAGUUUGAUUAGCGUAUCGAGAGCACUGGUUUCCGGGCACAACGGCUACACUGAAGGACGAAAUCAUGUGAUACCGAUUUUCUUUGCAACCCUUCCAGGAAUUGAUCCAAAUGACUUCAAAAAGACAUCCAUUACAUUCCAUUUCUUGACCUCGAUCUCGUUCUUGAUACCGAUUACGGACUGCUCAAAGGCGGGUCUCUAUCACGACCUAACGGACGACGAGCGUUUGUUGUGCGAGCAGACGGCAGACUUUGAGGAUUUUGUACUGCAGUACAUGGAUAGGAUUUUCUUACUAAUCGAAAGCAGUUCGGUGGAUAACGUUCGCAUGGAGCAAUCCGAUGCCGAUUCUAUGCGCUCCAAAAUGGAAUCAAUUUCCGAAGCAUUGGUUCAGGCUUGUACACACGGUAUCUUGGGACAGUGCUCGAAGGACAUUUUGAAUUCCUCAUCCAAGAAGCUGAUCGAUUUUGUUAAGACGCGCUUGUUAGAACCUAAAGUGGCUGGGCAGCUGGUUGGUUGCUUGGUCAGAGUUUUCGCUAGGAUCCAUGGUAAAGAAGUACUUCGGGCUUUGGUGCCGUACGUGCUGCAAACGAUAGAACGAUAUAUCGAAGAUCACGACGAUAUUGCCGAAGUGGAAAAGAUGAGCGAUGAAAUGCUGUACUACUUACUGCUGCUCACCAAUAUGAUGCGUGGAGAUCCAGGGGAGAUUGUAAAAUAUGUGGACGAUUCUCUGCCGAUUAUCGAUCAAAUACUUAAGUUUAAAUGCAAGCAAGCGAAUAAAUACGGCUCGACAAUGGUUGCAAACAUGAUGAGCAACUUAUCCACCAUGCAGACCUUGGAUGUAAAAAAUAGCCCGGAUAGCUUUGAGAAGCCACUUUCGGAAUUUUUACCCAUAAGAAAUUGGGGCGAGAAGAUGGGUUGUGAUGGGAAAAUCGAUUGGUGUUUCCCAGGAGAAGAAUCGCGCAAGGUCUGUGAGAAGCUCAUGCAUAGGUAUUUGAUCCCAAUUCUGGACAACUUCCAAAAGCAUUGCGCUGGUGAAAUAGAGAUGAGCCGUGAUGAUAUCAAUAGGGACGUGACCAUAAUUCAAUCUUUGAUCAGGUGCUCAAACUUCCUACCGAACUGGGAUGAUGAGGAGCCAUUGAAGAUGCUUGAAACUUGCCUGGAUCGCUCAGAAAUGAAGUACAACGUGACAAGAGGCUUCGACGAUCUGAUUAUCAGAAUGCCAGAUGGUGGAAAUGUUCGAAAAGCUAUUAUAAAAUCUCUGAGCGCUUUGCAACGCCAUAUCCUGCUCAAAUCGGAAGAUGACAUCAAAUCUCUCAAAGCGAUUCUCCUUGUGUACGAAAAGAUUUUCAUACGGAAGCACUCCAACAGUGCCUUCGACGUGCAAGUGAAAAAUUUCAACAAUACCAAAAAGUUCCAAACGUACAAGCUGACCCGGUAUAAGCGGGAUGUUCGUGCGGUUGUCGCAACCAGGGUCAUCAUGCAGCAGGAUUGUCGAGAUGAGGUCGAUCAACCGCUGUUCACUGCCACCCAUUUGGAGGUGAUGAUGAAUCUGUUCGAACUGUCAACGUCACACUACAGCAGUGUCCGCGCUACCGCUCAAAAUAAGCUCUUCACAAUGCUGUCUACCUUUUCGUUCAGCUAUCGGUUCUUGGCGGACAAAAUUGUAGAGCACCUUCAGAUGGACGCCAACGAGAAGCAUGAGCAGUUUAAAGGUAUCCUCUACAUCCUGGUAGCGAAUCGACGAUCUCGUCUCGUCAUCAAGCACGACUGGGAGUUCCUGCAGCGAAUAUGGAUAGCUUUGCUGCAGUCCAAACUUUCAGAAAAACCAUCGGUCGUGAAACUGCUGGACGCUGUAACGGACGUAAUCAACAAUGAGUAUCCAACGACCACAACCGAAUUGGUCGUUCCGGAUACAUGCGUUGAAUAUGGCUUAGCUCUGCGAACCAGAAAUGAUACUUUGGAUCUGGAGGCUGGUCGUGAAGCCAGAUUGGCCAAAAACAAACGAAAUCUCGAUAUUUACUACGAACUGAUUGCACAAAUCCUUGCCUCGGUUGAGAAUGACAAACUCCAUUGGAGGUACCACUAUCUGGCCACGUCGAUGUUGUAUAAUCUUGUACACCCACUGACCGCUUUUCCACCCACUGUAGCGCAGUUUGCAGUUAACAAUUUGAUUCACGAUUCGCUGCAUGAGCGAAAGAUGGCGAAUUGUUUGCUGAAUCACAUAUUGCGCCAACAAAAAAGAGAGCAUAUGAAAAUCGUCGUAAAUCCCUAUGAAAUUGCUGGUAUUCCGGAUAAAGCACCACCAAAUGGAUCAAGUGUUCAGCCUGGUUAUCGGGAAGAUAAUCUCUGGUUACAGUAUGAUGUUGAGAAAGUACCGAAAAAUCAACAAGAUUGGGACCAGCCUCGUUACAUGUACAAAACGGAUGGUUACUUUGGCUGGAGCACCAACUUUUCCGUUUAUGCACCUAGUGCAGAUCAACCAAAGCUUGAUCGAACACCCGAGGAAAUGAAUGAGUGUGAGAAGAUCAUUUACACUUUCUUUAUUCAGCAGGAAAAUGUAGAUAAACUUAUCAAAUUUUGGGCUCUGGAAGAGAAAAAAGGACGUGACAAGUUCAACCGGAAUCGGUUCUGCCUAGUAAAGGGAUUGAUGAAUGCGUUUGGUGAUCUCUUCAUUGACAAAUUUGUAACCCAUUUGCGUCCUCUUAUUGAGGACAAAGCUUCAGAAAGCAGUCACCGUUGCGCCGCAGAAAUAAUGGCCGGCAUUAUGAGAGGAGCCAAGCAUUGGCCGUAUGACAAAACUGCCAACAUGUACAACGAUUUGGUCCCUUUGGUUCGGUUAGCGUUAAACAACGUUACCGUUGAUACCGACGUGUACUGGGGAACGUGUUUUGCCACAGCUGCCGAAUUUAUGGACCCCUCGAAGCAAUAUUGGCUCCACGAGGCACUUUUGGAGGAUCCUCUCCAAGAAACGACCAGCUUCAUCGACUGCAAUCGAUUGUACUGUUUGCAAGGGGCAUUCAACCAGCAUGUCUGGCGAAUGACAAGUGUGGCGAAGCGCUUGCUAGAGUAUCUACGACCGUACCUGAAUCACUCGUUCCAGAAUGUACGGGAACGUCUUGGUAGCACGCUGAUCAACAUUUUCGAAUCGGACUUGCGAUUCGCAGGGGUCCAAGGACUAGAACUGUCGCCAAAGAUCAGCGAUAUGAUUGGAUACGUAAAGCCUAAGCUGCUUGUUUUGCUGAAGGAAGACUGUCCCACUGAGUCGAUGGGUGACAAAAUGGAAGUGGCUGAAGAUUCCGGUGAGAAUUCUAAAAAGGAAGAAAGCGAGUACGACGUGGCUGUUCGUUUGUUUAAAACUGUGGGUCAAUGGCUAACAUGCGCAAUCAAUCGGUGUUCCAAUGGCAACGAGAUAGAAUACUUCGAGCUGUUGCCGAUCGCUUGUCGAUUGGAACGUUCGGAACAGGAUCAAGAACUGGCGGAAAUUUGCACCACUCUACUGGCCAUGAUCUCUCAGGCGCUCACAUUGGUUCCCUGUAUGGACGCCGCAUUGACUAAAAUAGACGAAAUCUCCAAAAUGACCUCGUGGUCUGCGCGACGAUCAGUCAUUGACGUGCUCCAGGUGUUGGUAUUCUAUAACAUGACAAUAAUUUUGAGCAACGAAAAGUGGAAAAUGAAAACGCAGGAAAUCGUUCUGCGAUUACUGGAAGACAAUGUCGUAGAAGUUCGUGAGAAAGCUGCCGAAGUGCUCUGCGGAUUGCUUCACUGUUCAUUCCUUACGGCGACAGACGAGCUGUUGGAAUUGUUCAAGGAAAAGUGUCGCACGAAGAUGAUCAAAGCUAAGCGAUUAAAGGUGGCUGCGAGCUGCUCCAACGAAGUUGCCAAAAUCGAAGGAGAAGCGAAUGCCGUCCGUGCUCGCCAUUCUGGCGUUCUCGGUUUAUGUGCCUUUAUAUCUGCGUAUCCAUAUGAAGUGCAUGAGUUUGUACCGAAUGUGUUCGAACACUUAGGAGCGCAUUUGAACGAUCCGCAGCCUAUUCCAGCAACGAUAAGGAAGACUAUGGGUGACUUCAAGCGAACGCAUCACGAUAACUGGGAGAUCCAUCAGCUCAAGUUUACCGAAGACCAGUUGGCUGUGCUGAGUGACUUAACGAUUCCUCCGUCGUAUUAUGCUUAAAUUUUAGAGACGUAGUCACUACGGACACUUAAUCAUAGACUUGCGGAUCCAUUUAAAAUGAAUUACAUGGUUUCAUUGUUAUUAUCUAUUUAUCUGUUCUCUUUUUUGUGACUUCGCUCGUAUUAUAGUUGCAGUUGAUUUGAGUUUUCCGCAAGUCUAUGUAAAAAGUUUCUAUAGACCUUCUAAUAGCAGGAUAAUGGGAACGCUAAUUUGGAUGUAUUAUUUUAUCAUGUGCGGUUUUAGACGUCACAACGACUGUUUGAAGGGUACUUGAGCAUUUUUUGGUUAUUAGGUUAUAGGUAAACAAAUGUAUAGCAAAUGUAAAUAAGGUUUUAAUAUAUAUAAUCUGUGCAGUUUUUGGUUAACGUCAAUAUAUUUGCAGCUUUUACAAUGUUCA